GCUGCGGCUGAGCUGCGUUGUAUAUAUCUCGUUUUACUUUUUGCUCGCUACUUCCUCGCUGCUGGUGGUGACCCGGCCUGGCUGCAAGGAAUUCAAGAGGCUCCUGUUAAAUGGCGUCAAUUGCUCAGUUUGAAUCGCGAUUUAGCUGAGAAACCUUGGCUUGUAACAUCUGAUCGUGUGUACAGCUUAACCCAUCGCGGCGACUCUGCCUCAUCUAGGGAGACCCUGUCGUUAUCCGAGCUCAUGCAUGCAGUGGCCAUCAUGACGCAUGUUCAUGCGUUAACCAGUUUUAUUUUUGGUUGCGGUAUCUUGCCGGAGAUCGACCAAAACGAGCAAGUGUUCUAUCAGCUGGAUCCUGUACAGCCAAAUGGUCUACCAGAUUCAAAUAUUCUCUCUUCCGGCAGCAAUUAUAUGGCCGAAGGAACAACACCCAGAAAUGGUCUCUCAGAUGGUCCCGAUACAGUAGGUUCUCUAAAUUCUUACUCCAGUCGUCGAACGUCAACUGUCAAGAACGACUCUGGAGAUCAGGAACUAACUGCCACACAAUUGUUACAUCUCAUUCAAACUGAAGACGCCCAUUGGGUGGAGGUUUCCGAAGAUAUGGUGGCCGAACAAUUCAUCGCGGUAACUCAGUUGAAUGUACAGUGUACGUGCAUCUCGUUUCGAUGUUCCCUUUAA